GCAUUGGUUGUCAGAUAACCAACUCUUGUUAUGGUACCUACUUGACAUUGACAUUUUGGAAUCAAAAAAUUGAUGGGCUGGACAUUUUGUUUUCCUUCUUGUGAUUUUUAUUUUCCAUAUUUUCAAGUCUUAUUUCGUUUUUGUGAUCAUGUCUAAUGAUUAUGGUUUCAACAGUGACGAUUCUCCUAAUAAAACCAAUUCGCACUUGCAACUUCCUAGCCCAAUAAUUACUCGACGGAACCGAACUGCGUCGACAUCUGAAAGGGCACUGGGAAAUCCGUUAGAAAGUGGUAAAAUAAAGUCAUUUUGCCGGGAGAAAGGACACGGUUUUGUGACGCCGGAAAAAGGCGGCGAAGAUCUUUUUGUGCAUAUUUCUGAUAUCGAAGGGGAGUUUGUACCAUUGCCUGGAGACGAGGUGAUAUACCGACUUUGUCCCAUUCCCCCCAAGUUUGAGAAGAACCAAGCAGUCCACGUCCGAAUCGUCCACCUCACUCCUGAGAAGCACCUUAAGUGGGACGAGCCUCCACUGUAGCUAUCUACUUUUCUACUAGCAACACAAGAUGUUUAAUCUCGAAAACGUACAUACUAUGCUGAAAUUUAUUCUCUAUUUAUUCUUUUUCUUCUCUCUGACACGUAUCUACAAGUGGUUGUAUAAUUCAUAUACGAAUGAGAACCAGUAACAUAUCUUAAGGCAUCCUAAAAUAUGAGGAUGUGUGGGUCUCGUGGACCUGCUAGCUUUUGUGGAAAUUGGGUUCACUGAGGUUUGACAUACAUUAUGUUGAUAUACUACAUUGUAUUGUGAUUAUAGUUUCCGCAUUAUAAUGGUGAAAUGUGAGCUAAGCUUUUCGAAUUGUGUCCCCUAUCUAUCAAAGAAUAAAUUGAAUUUUAUACGAAUUUAGUUUUAGGAAAUUAAGAUGACUAAUGAAAUAGCCAUAAUGGAGUCAACCUCAAUACCUGAACUUGGUCAAUUAUGCUAUCUACCACAUAUAAUUUCUUAAAUCAUGUUUACACUGAAUUGUGCCGUUAUAAAAGAUGUAACUAACCUUGCAAUGUAGUGAAGUGAUGGUAUGUAAAAUUCUAAUUUCCAUCUAUGGAUGUUUAGGUAAAAUAACAGGGUCUUAUCCUAUCUGGAAUGUAUUUAUAAAGUAUGUUCCAAACUGGGUGAUCAGAGCGCAAAUGUGAAUUAUUCCUAUAUGGUUGAUGAUCUUUGCUUCGACGCUAAUAGGAAAUGUGUGAUUUCCAAGUCUAAUGACAAUAAAUCAAUCAGUAAAUGUAUGUUUACACAAAAAAUAAAAAAAGCUUAACCCACUUGACUUUCAAAUGUAGUCUGCUAGUAAUGUUUUCGCAUAUUGAAGCUGCCAGAAACACAGGUCAUCAACCUUAUUGUAAUAAUAAUUUCAGUUUUAUUCAUUUACUGUAGUACAAACUCUAUUUGGACUUUUGUGGUUCUAUCCGCAUUUUUUUAUUCACCUUGAUCAACUUGCCCUUCUAAAUUCUUGAAUACUAUGAUCAAUCUACAUUUAAAUAGCUAAGAACUAUUUACCUUUACUGAAAAAGAAUUUUUUUAUUCCUAAAAUGGUUAAUAGUUUGAAAACAACAAAUGUAAAGAUGUAACGUCAAAAUAUUGAGAAUAUUUGAAGACGAUAAUAUACACAACAAUUUUGUGCUGUGUGGCCAUUUGUUAUACCAUAUUGUCAGCAUUCAAUGUGUUAUCUCAUGGUUGUAUGUGUUGAUUAUGUAAUACGUCUUAAAUUCAGUAUUGUGAACAAAGUGAGAAGCCAACAUGUGGUGCUAAAUUUUCGAAGGUUUUACCAUCAUAUUAGGGUAAUCAUUUCAGCGAAGGCGAUGGCUUCUUGCAAUAUUAAUUUUAUAUUGUUUGACGAAAUUUGGCCUAAGUCUUAGAAAUAAUGAUUGCAUACUGAAAGAGACUGACAAAAAAACGGUUCUGCUAUUUUCCUCUGGUUCAUUUAAUUUUUUGGAAGUUAAAUAUAAUAUUGAACUAAAAACUUUCUGAGAGCAAUGGUUUUAUGAGCUAGAUGUAUGGUAGCAGGUCCGUCAAUGUCAGUUCUUUUGUUUUUAGUAUUUAUCUUAUCUAGUUAUUAAUUUGAUGUGACUUUUGUAUAGGCCUACCAAGUAGUAGACUAUAAUUUUUGCACAAAUGAAGUGCCCGAUUGUGAUAAAGGUCGAAGAAAAAACUUAUUUUAUAUCACCAUUUUAAAUUGUUUAUACAAUUCGAUGAUAAAAACAAUAAGGAUGUUAAGUGUAACCCCAGCAUUCCAAAUGUAGAAUUUUAACCCAUGUCAUGUAUCUUGAUGUCUACUUUUAUUUUGCCAUGAAUGUCUUGUGUUGCGCGGUUUUUGUAGUUUAUCCUAAUAUUUUUAUGAAGUUUACAUACACGAGCGACACGUUCAAAUAAACUAUACAUAUCACUAACCGCCGGCCUCUGUGUACCCCACAGAGGCCGGCGGAAUAGGCGUCUUAUGUUGCCAGUAAUGUAUAGCAUUACCCAAACGUACCGCUCGUGUAAAUGAACCAUUAGUAUUAAACGUGUAAUCAGUAACGAUUUGCCAUGCUUAAUUUAGUUUAUGAUAGCAGUAUUAGGUUACGCGGUAAUAAAACUAAAUAUGUGUAAGCAA